AGGAGAGAGAGGACAUAGAACAACAACCACACUGUCGCCAUGCUGAGCAUAUUGAAUUCAAUGUUAUGCACUGUGUAACGCUGCGAACCCCAAACCCCGCUAGAAUUCUACGUUUACGCCGCCCGGAUCUACAAACACCGCAAUCUUAGGCCAUUCAAUCUUCAAACACGUCCCCUGACCUGUUCCGCUUCCGCUUCUCCUCCGACACCCACCACCUUUACACCCUGAUCCACGCGUCAAAUUUGUUGGGACCGUGAAUAUAUUGUCCAGAAAUAUUUUGGAAUGGUCUGUGCAGACUGAGCGCGGUCAGUGUUGGACAGAGAAUGUCUACAUCAAGUCAAAACCCGCGGACAAGAUCCAGCACAGGAAACAACAGUCGACCGUCCAGCAAAGAUGGACCGAAGAAGAACAUCUGGUCUUCUAUGCUUGAUAGCGCUGCGACCGGCAAGCGAUUACCUGAGAAGAACCUCCUGAUAUUAGGAGGUACACCCGAAAGCCAGAGAGAGUUUUUGGAGGCAUAUUCCGCAGAUACUUCGGAUUCUAGCACAUCUAAUGAGAAACGAAAGGGUAAAUUGCCGCCGGUGGCCAAUCAGUUUGCCCUGGGAUACACGUAUUUAGACGUGUUGGAUGCGGACCAGGAAGAUACGCUGGCACGUGUAUCCGCAUACCUUCUCUCCGAACCAUCGUUAUCAUUCGCACCCCUCCUUAAACCUCUUUUGACACCUCAGUCCAUUCCCGAAACCUCUGUCGUCAUCCUACUUGACUGGUCCGAUCCGUGGACGUGGGUAAGGCGGCUGAGAGAAUGGGUCCGCCUCUUACGCCACGUUCUGAUCUCGCUUGAUGACGAAACCAAAGUCGUGAUGGAAGAGAAUAUGACACAGUGGAGGGAGCGGAAGAAGGGAAUAGAUGCCACUUCAACAGGAUCGCAAGCAGCUAGCUCUGGAGCCGUUGUUAUAGGUCCCGGAGAGUGGGAUGAAGGACUAGGCGUACCCCUAUGUGUGGUUUGCCAAGGAACCGACAAGAUGGAGAAGUUGGAGCGAGAACAUGGCUGGCAUGAGGAGGAAUUUGACUUCAUUCACCAGUUCAUGAGAACGUUACUAGUAAAACAUGGCGCGUCCCUCAUAUACACGAAGCCGUUCCAGGCGAAUAACCUACACAGCGUACUACACUCCUCCCUCGGCAUACAUUCCCUCCUCAAGAAGCUAUCACUCAAAGCCCAAUUUAUCGAACGCGACAAGAUUUUAAUACCUACGAAUUGGGAUUCAUGGGCUAAGAUUCGAGUUAUCCGAGAAGGAUCCAAUUUGGAGGGCAUAUCAACCGCUUGGUCUAUCGAAAUUCAAGACCCGCCUGAGCCGCUUACCAACGGCAAUGACGAAGGCCAGGAGGAGGGUACCGCUGAAGACGACGACGGGACGAGUGCUGUAAAGAUAUACGAGCAGACCAUCAAAGACCCCAAGCGGAGUACCUCCAUAGCGUAUCCUGGAAGCCAACAAGGCGGGAACAAGAUCGAGGUUGAUACAACUGAUAUGCAGGGCUUCCUCACCAAGCAGCUAGAGGUUUUGGAGCAGUUGAAGAUUGAGGAUGAGAAGGACCGCGCAGCCAAGAAGGCGCCUCAGCUGGAAAUGUCUCCAUUAGAAGAUAACAGUCGGGUCAACGAACAUAUUGGGCCCGUGCAGUUCAACAUGGGUGGUAUCCAAGUCGAUGCGGAUGAUAUGCUCCAAAAGAUAAAGGACCGAGAAGCCAGUCGAACCCAGCGGAAGGAUCCCGUCUCCUCACCAGGAGACGAGAAAGCACACAACCAAGCACUGGCGAACUUCUUUGCAGGCCUAGUUAAGAAACCCGGAGGCAGCCCCCGCGGAAGCCCGUCGGUAUAACGCGUUCAAAUCGAAUCGAACAAUUUUCCUGCCAUUUCGCUUUCCUAUGUUGGAUGUACGUCGGACGGAGUUGGACUCAGUUGGCUUGGUUCUGUUUCUCAUCUUCAUUGCAAGUGGCUCGCUCUCCUGUAACCGGUGCCACACCGUGGAAAUGCCAAAGGGAUAUGGCAGCCCGUACAUUUUCACUCGUUCAGUACAUACCCCCAGUACGUAUCUUUUUCCUUUUGAUUAUGGUUAGCGUAGAUACCUUUUCUAGUACAUUUUCAUGGGAAGGGGUGACGCCUAUGUCAUUUAAGACUGCCGCAUUUUGUCAGUGAUAAUCAUAAUCUUCCAAUUCGAAAUAUUCAG